UCUUGUAUUUCUCUUUAAUUCUUUAUUUUUUUUUUUUGUGUGAAAUUAUUUCGCUGAAGUGCGACAGUUAGUGCCACAGAGGACACAGAGAAUUGAUGGAGAUUUACAGCACUGUUCUGUGGUAUUUACACGCGGAAGUACAGUUGUUUACGCUUGUUCAAGAUCUAGUUUCCCCAAGAUCAUAAUUCGGCAGCAUGGUGCGCCACGGGCAAUCUCUUCUCAGCGCAAACGGAACAUGAAACUGCGAUCAAAUUUUUCCAAAGAGCUAUUCAGGUGGAUCCUAAUUUUCCAUACGCCUAUACAUUACUGGGGCAUGAAUACGUUUUGACUGAGGAGCUAGAUAAAGCGAUUACUGCUUUUCGUAAUGCCAUCAGAUUCAAUCCCAGACAUUAUAAUGCAUGGUUCGGAUUAGAUACGAUAUUUUCGAAACAGGAAUAAUAUAGUUUAGCGGAGUUACACUUCAAACGGGCCUUACAAAUAAACCCGCAGAAUUCUGCGUUAAUGUGUCACAUAGGUGUCGUGCAAUACGUCCUGAAGAAGACUGAUCAGGCAUUAAAGACUUUGAACACUGCGCUAAUGAAUGAUCCGGAUAAUACUUUAUGCAAAUUCCAUCGUGCGAGCAUCAACUUUUUUAUUGGUCGACAUAUGGAAGCUCUAAGAGAAUUCAAGGAGUUAAAAAAUAUUAUACCCAAAGAAUCUCUAGUCUAUUAUUCGAUAGGAAAAGUACAUAAAAAGUUAGGCAAUACCCAUUUUGCGUUAAUGUACUUUAGUUGGGCAAUGGAUUUAGAUCCGAAGGCUGUUAAUAGUCCAAUUAAAGAGGCUAUAUUGAAUCCAGGUCAAGGAGAUGAUGACUUCCCACCGACGCAAUCAGACGAACAGCAAGCACAGAGUAACUCAAUGGAACAGGAUAUUGAAACUAGUAGAGAAGGAAGUGCCGCGCCACUUGCUGGAAAUGUUUCGGUCGAACCUCAUGCCGAUGACAGCGACGAUAGUUUAUGAAAGCGAUAUGCGAGAAGACUUCCGUGAAAAAGAGAUAGAGCGUUACUACCCUCAUUAUCCGAAUCAUUUUUCGCCAAUCUCGCUUUGCUUACGGAGUCACUGAUGUGCGAUCAUUGAUUUAAAUUGAACGGUUGUCGACAUCUUUGCAAAUUAUUCCAUAAUUCGGUUAAAAAGAAUUAUUAUAUUAUUUUCUCGCAUCAUCAAAUUUUUCUUUCAUCUUGCACGAAUUUGAGAUUUUAAUAUACAUGGGUGCGAUGUCUUUGCAAAGAUAGAAGAGACUCGCAUGUCGUACCCUCCAUCGAUUUGUAUAUUACGUGUUUGCGUCUGUAUAUUUUUUUACGAUUGCUUGAUUAUUUUUUCUAUCUUUUGCGCUCUCAAUCAUCUUUUUCGCGUACCUCGUCCUGUUUCGCGAAUAAGUCGCUUUAAAUCAAAUGUGAUUCAGAGACGAGAAUUCGUAAAGAGUUUGGCUUUAAUCAAGCUUGAUUAUAAUAAAGAAUGAAAGAGAAGAAUCGAUUUAAUUCGCGAUGAAAUAUUAAAGAUUUACGGUUGAGUAGAGGACUAUAAUCACGUUGCGAUAAACUGAAUGAUUAUAACCGUAAGCAUGUCGUAUAUAGUUAGGUAAUACGAUUAAUUGUUCGCGAUAAGGAAAAAGAGUCUUGUGUAAAUGUAAAUUAUUAUUACUGUGUACUUACUGCUAUUAUUACUA